AUGGCCUCCUCAACCCCCCGGUGGGCCGCCAUCGCCCGCGACACCAACGAGACCAAGAUCCAACUGGCCCUCAACCUCGACGGAGGCGCCUUCCCCCCCACAACCGACCCUCGCCUCCUCUCCACUGGCGACGACCACGCCAAACAAGCCAGCAAGAGCCAGACCAUCAACAUCAACACGGGCAUCGGCUUCCUCGACCACAUGCUCCACGCUCUCUCUAAACACGCCGGCUGGAGUCUCGCCAUAGCCUGCAAAGGUGAUCUUCACAUUGACGACCACCACACCGCCGAAGACGUCUGCAUCGCCCUCGGCACAGCCUUCCACCAAGCCCUCGGCGCCCCCAUCGGCCUCGCCCGCUUCGGCACCGCCUACGCCCCCCUCGACGAGGCCCUCUCCCGCGCCGUAGUCGACCUCUCUAACCGCCCCUACUCCGUUAUCGACCUUGGCCUCCGCCGCGAGAAGAUCGGCGACCUCAGCUGCGAGAUGAUCCCCCACUGCAUGCAGUCCUUUGCCCAGGGCGCCCGCAUCACCCUGCACGUCGAUUGCCUGAGGGGCGAGAACGACCACCAUAGGGCCGAGAGCGCCUUCAAGGCUUUGGCUGUUGCGUUGAGGACGGCUACGACCAAGGUUGCGGGAAGGGAAGGGGAGGUGCCGAGUACCAAGGGGACUUUGUCGGCUUAG